GUGGUGUAUGGUCACUGUUGACUGUCAUCUCUUUAAUCCUGUCUUUCAUAUCUACCACUGCUGCUGAACCAAGAGCAGCAGUUAGUCCAGCUUAUGGCUGUGUGCUUUAUAAUGAAACGUACAUCUGCAGCGGUUCUCAGUAUCAAAUGUAUUGCGACACAAGAAUGCAUCAUUUCUACUACCAGAGAGACCAAGACCAACACCAAUACCACUGCACGAGUAAUGACUGUAUCUGUGUUGGUAAUAAUGACACCUGUGCAUGCUACUAUAAUACUUCGUCCUGCUUCUGUGAGAUCUUUAGCAAUAACAUCAUAGUCCCUACAGCAGUUCGACCUGUCUUGGACUGUGAGUUUAAGAAUGACACGUACAUCUGCAUUGGUGCUCAGUACCACAUGUACUGCAACACAACGGUGCAUUAUUUUAGCUACUCCAGACAUCUUUACCAAAACCAAUACCUGUACGAAUGCUGGAGUAAUAACUGUGACUGUCGUUUUAAUAAGGACUCCUGUUGGUGCUACAGUCAUACGUCAUCCUGCUUCUGUACAAAUUAUGGCUAUAAUAUCACUAUCUCUUCAUUACGUAAUCCAUUCACAAUCCCUGACUGUCUGCUUUAUAACGACACGUACAUCUGCACUGGUGCUCAGGACCACAUGUACUGCAACACAAGAAUGCAUCAUUUUUACUUUUUGAGGUAUCAGAGCAAAAACCAAUACCAUUGCAUUAGUAAUAACUGUUACUGCAUUGUUAAUGAGGACACCUGUACAUGCUACAGUAGCACUUUGUCCUCCUGCUUCUGUGAGACUUACAACAAUAGCAUUGCUCUCACUACAGCAGUUAGUUCAGUUACAGACCCUGACUGUGUGCGUCUUAAUGAUAUGUACAUCUGCACUGGUGCUCAGUAUCGCAUGUACUGCAACACACAAAUGCAUGCCUUCUCCUACCAGAGAUCUCAGUACAAAUACCAGUACCUGUGUGUGAAUAAUGACUGUGACUGCUUUGGUAAUAGGGACACCUGUACAUGCUCUACUAGCACUUUGUCCUCCUGCUUCUGUAAGACUUAUGGCAAUAUCACGGCUCUCACUAUAGCAGUUAGUCCAGUCUAUGACUGUGCACGUUAUAAUGACUUGUACAUCUGCACUGGUGCUCAGUACCACAUGUAUUGCAACACAAGUGUACAUGAUUUCGAUUAUGAUAGAUACCAUUACUACUGUUUAAAUAAUAACUGUUACUGCUUUGGUAAUAAGGACACCUGUACAUGCUACAGUAGCACUUCAUCCUCCUGCUUCUGUACAAAUAACAGCAGUAGCAUCACUAUUCCUGCAGCAGUUAGUCCAGUUUAUGACUGUGGGCUUUAUAACGACACAUACAUCUGCACUGGUGCUCAGUACCACAUGUACUGCGACACAAGAAUGCAUCAUUUCUACUACUGGAAAUAUAGAGACCAAAACCAAUAUGAAUAUGAAUGCUGGGGUAAUAACUGUUACUGCUUUGGUAAUAAUGACACCUGUACAUGCUACAGUAGCACUUUGUCAUCCUGCUUCUGUAAUACUUAUGGAAAUAUCACUGCUCUCACUACAGCUAUUAGUCCAGUCUAUGACUGUGGGCUUUAUAAUGACAUAUACAUCUGCACUGGUGCUCAGUACCGCAUGUACUGCGACACAAGAAUGAAUAAUUUAUUCUACUUGAAACAUAGAAACCAAAACCAAUAUGAAUGCUGGGGUAAUAACUGUGACUGCUUUGGUAAUAAGGACACCUGCACAUGCUACAGUAGCACUUCAUCCUCCUGCUUCUGUACAAAUAACAGCAGUAGCGUCACUAUUCCUGCAGCAGUUAGUCCAGUUUAUGACUGUGGGCUUCAUAACGACACUUACAUCUGCACUGGUGCUCAGUACCGCAUGUUCUGCAAUACAAGAAUGCAUUAUUUCUACUACUGGAUAUAUAGAAACCAAAACCAAUAUGGAUGCUGGGGUAAUAACUGUUACUGUGUUGGUAAUAAGGACACCUGUACAUGCUACAGUAGAACUUUGUCCUCCUGUUUCUGUGAGACUAACAUCUUCACAACUAUUGCAGGUGAGCAUGUUUCUAGACCUGAAUAUCUGAUUAUCGCACUGCCGGAUCAAUGCAGGACCUCAGAAGGAUGUCUUCAAAAUCUUCUUGAGCAGAUAGAGAACAGUGCAGCUCAAGAGCUCCCUUUGACUACUGUGAUGAGCAUUUUGACUGUGGUCUUCAACACUUCAGAGAAGAUAUUAGAGUCAUCAUCAGUAAACCCAGCUGAACUAGCCUCUUAUGGAAACAGUGUGUUAAAAGCCAGCGAGAAACUCAUUUCUACAUUAGUGAAGCAGACAGACACUAGUGACAGUGUCAGUUUUACUUUUGCUGCUGUAG